UGCGCACUUGUGGGCAAAUCCAAAGAGUCGAAAGCAGGUUUAGCUGAGGAAGGACAUUGAAUGACUUUGUCUCCGUGUGUGUUUUAGCGUGACGAAAAGUUGUGUCGAGGACAGUUCUGUAGCGGCACCCGGCGCCAAUGGAGGCUCUCAUACCUGUCAUUAAUAAGCUCCAAGAUGUAUUUAACACAGUCGGCGCGGAUAUCAUUCAGCUGCCCCAGAUAGUUGUCGUUGGAACCCAGAGCAGCGGGAAGAGUUCUGUUUUGGAGAGCCUGGUGGGCAGGGACAUUCUACCGCGUGGUACCGGCGUCGUCACUCGCCGGCCCCUCAUCCUGCAGCUUGUGCACAUCGACGCGGAGGACCGCAGGAAAACCAACGAGGAGAACGCAUCCAGGAAAAAUGGCCGCCUUUACAAAGGCAUCGAUGGAGAGGAAUGGGGUAAAUUCCUACACACCAAAAACAAGAUCUAUGCAGACUUCGAGGACAUCAGGAAAGAAAUCGAAGCGGAGACGGAAAGAAUUACGGGUAACAACAAGGGUAUCAGCGAUGAGCCCAUUCACCUGAAAAUCUUCUCUCCACAUGUUGUGAACCUCACGUUAGUCGACCUUCCCGGCAUCACAAAAGUACCAGUGGGAGACCAACCUAAUGACAUAGAGAUCCAGAUCAGGGAGCUAAUUCUAAAAUACAUCGCCAACCCUAACUCCAUAAUCCUGGCUGUGACUGCUGCCAACACCGACAUGGCAACGUCAGAGGCUCUAAAGGUGGCCCGAGAGGUUGACCCAGAUGGAAGGCGGACCCUCGCCGUGGUGACCAAGCUGGAUCUUAUGGACGCUGGCACAGACGCCAUGGAUGUUCUGAUGGGCAGGGUCAUUCCCGUCAAACUGGGUAUUAUUGGAGUGGUCAACAGGAGUCAGCUGGACAUUAAUCAAAAGAAAUUGGUGGCUGAUUCCAUCCGUGAUGAAUAUGCCUUCCUGCAAAAGAAGUAUCCGUCUCUUGCAAACAGAAAUGGAACCAAAUACCUGGCCAGAACAUUAAACAGGCUGUUGAUGCACCACAUCAGAGACUGUCUUCCCGAGCUGAAGACGAGGAUCAACGUGCUGGCGGCGCAGUACCAGUCUUUGCUGAACGGCUACGGUGAGCCCGUUGAGGACAAGAGCGCCACCUUGCUGCAGCUCAUCACCAAGUUCGCCGCAGAGUACUGCAACACCAUAGAGGGCACGGCCAAGUACAUCGAGACAGCCGAGCUAUGUGGCGGAGCAAGAAUCUGUUACAUUUUCCACGAGACGUUCGGUCGAACUUUAGAGUCUGUGGAUCCUCUGGGUGGCCUGACGACCAUCGACGUGCUGACUGCAAUCAGAAACGCUACGGGCCCGAGGCCCGCCCUGUUCGUGCCCGAGGUUUCGUUUGAGCUGCUGGUGAAGCGGCAGAUCAAACGUCUGGAGGAGCCCAGUCUGCGUUGUGUGGAGUUGGUUCAUGAAGAGAUGCAGCGGAUCAUCCAGCACUGCAGCAAUUACAGCACACAGGAGUUAUUGAGAUUUCCCAAACUCCAUGAUGCCAUAGUGGAGGUGGUCACCUCUCUGCUCAGAAGGAGACUUCCUGUCACAAAUGACAUGGUUCACAACCUGGUUUCCAUCGAGCUGGCCUACAUCAACACCAAACACCCCGACUUUGCUGAUGCCAUUGGCCUCAUGAACAAUAAUAUAGAUUUCUUAACUUUUUUUCAGGAGCAACGACGCAACAGAAUGAAAGACUUGCCCCCCUCCGUUCCCAGAGAUAAGUCCUUUAAAAGCCCAGUGGGGCAACCACUGCCCCCCACCGAGCCUCUUGCAUUGGAGGGCGAGGCCACUAAGGUGUGUCCCUUUCUGCUGCUGCCCGCAUACUCUGCAUCUGGCCCCACGUAAUCCAUUAACUUUGGUUUUGUUUGUUUCCGAACCCAUGCAGCCAUUUCUAAUAUCUAAUGGUUAACUGAGCUGUUGAGAAGUGCUUUAGAUUUUAGGAGCAGCUUUAACAUCUCCGAGCCAAACUGUGCCUUGUGUGUUUCUUUAAAUUUAGUGACUUGCAUACAUAUUCACAUUUCCAGAUGUUUAAUGGAUUAUUUUGAUAGUCCAAAACACAAAGGGUAUAAAUGGUUUACUAAAUGAUUUUCAAAUUAAAAAGGUGAAAAGUGUGACAAGCAUUUCUGUUUAUUCCCUCAGUCCCGUCGACAGUGAAGGCCCCUAAUGAAGUCCAGUGAAACUGCAGAAGCCACUGAAGUAGAAAUCAGGCUUUCCUUGUGUGUAAUUUAAUCUCAGUAUAAACGCAGCAGUUCUCUGAAGACCUCGCAGGGUUUUUAGAGAACGUUGGUGAACCUGCUGUAUCACAAAUACCAGGAGAUAAAACAGGAAUAAAGUUGUGAAGAAGUUUAAUGCAGCAUUAAAAAAAAAAUACCCCAAACUUUGUACAUCUGAUGGAGUUCUGUUGUAACACCGUCUAAAAAAAGAAAAUGGUGACGUGUGAUCAGUAGCAGGAAUGCAAAGAUGCAUGGCGCUGACCCAGAAACAUGUUAGUUAGGAUAGUGACGGCUUCACUGUUGCAUCUUGUCAUUGUUUUCAACCUAUUUCAAAUCUUCAGUCAAAGCGGAUAUCUUUUGCUUGUUUUGCUGCCAGGUGAAACCAUGGGGUGCUGGAGUCUGUUCAUCUAACCUCUCAUCUCCUCACCGCCCUUCUGUAAGCGAUCCUUUCGUUCCUGACAAUCGUUUCCUC